AUACAUACAUUUGCAGAGCUGGAGCUGCCGCAAAGCCCCGUCCUCCAGGGCUUUUUAAACACCGUGUUUGCUUCACGCUCCAACAAUAUCAUCCAAUUGAAGAGCCGCGGCGCUAAAUGCACUGAACCGAGGAUCAUCGUGGGAACAGCGCCGAAGAGCACAAACCGUUAUGUUUUAGGAAAAGGGACAGCGACGGCAUCGUCAAACUGUAAAAAUAAAAAUAAAUAAAAGAUAUUGAAUUGCGGGUCAACGGGUUUAACCCCUAAUCUGUCUCAGCAUUGUUGCUCUCGAGGGGAAGGUAGUGAAAAGAAGAACGCGCCUCGGUGAAAUGUGACCGUUAUUCCGUUAUUUUCAAUAUGGUCAAGUCUGCAGCAGACUCGGUCGUUGCAGCUAACGUUAGCUCGGUACGGCCGCGUUGAUGCAGCAGCGCACGGUUGUGGUGUUCAAAUCCACCACCGGAUCUGGGAAGACAAUAGAUGAAAUAUACGCCGGCCUGGACUCCCAAGACUACAGUAAACGAGAGUCUGCAUCCGCUUUGGCUUCACAAGUGUCCCUGUGAGGAAUCUGUUUAGAGUGAAGUGACAGGCGGCAGGUAACUGGAUCAGGAUGGCGGCCGUAGUGAACUACUCUCCGCCAUGGUGGGUGAAUCUGCUCCAUCGGUUGCCUCAUUUCAACAUGGAAUUUCAGCUUGUGAGCAGUGACUUCAGACCGGAGGACUCAGAGUACCAGAAGUCCAUUUUGCUGCUUGGCGCUGUGGCGUUGCUGUGUCUGGGCCUGGACCUCAUCUUCCUCCUCUUCUACUCAUUCUGGCUUUGCUGCCGGCGACGCAAGAGUGACGAAUCCUCGCACUCCCAUUCGCACUCCCAGCAGCCCAGCGCUGACUGCUGCUGCACCGCCUGGUGCGUCAUCAUUGCCACGCUCGUCUGCAGCGCUGGCAUUGCUGUAGGAUUCUACGGAAAUGGGGAGUCAAGUGAUGGAGCCAAUCGUUUGGCAUACUCUCUCCGUCAUGCCAACCGCACCGUAUCCGGGGUGGAGAAACUGGUGUCAGACAGUGCCCUAGCCUUAAACCAGACAGUGGAGGAGAGCUUGGUGCAGUUGGAGAUAGCCUUCCAUGACCAGACAGACUACGUUUCCAUCGUCCAAAAGCUGCAGGGACAGCUGGACGAGCUGGUGAGGUUGAUGGUGGAUGUUCCCUUCUGGUCCAAUACUGACAUUUCCCUGGAAGACUUGGCCCGCAAGACAGAGGCUUUUGAUUUUUACAGGUGGUUGGGGUAUCUUGGCCUGCUGCUGUUUGAUGUACUCAUAUGUCUUCUGGUGCUCUUCGGCCUGAUACGCAACUCUAGAGGCACUCUGAUUGGAGUGUGUCUGCUGGGAGUUUUGACUCUGAUAAUAAGCUGGGGGUCUCUCGGCCUGGAACUGGCUGCUGCUGCUUCAGCCAGCGACUUCUGUGUUUCCCCUGAUACCUACAUCACCAGGGUAACCAAGGAAAACGCCGUCAUCAACCAAGAUAUCUUGCAGUAUUACCUGAGGUGCAGCUCUGGCCAAAUUAACCCCUUCCAGCAGAGGCUGUCAGGGAGUCACAAAGCAUUGGUGGAGAUGCAGGAUGAUGUGGCAGAGUUACUGAGAUCAGCAACACGUGAUUAUGCAAACACCAAGGGGAGUCUCGAGCAAAUCCAGUCUGUGUUGAAUUCCACUGAAGUUGGUCUUCACCAGCUGACUGCUCUGGUCGACUGUCGCAGCCUACACAUGGACUAUGUUCAGGCAUUGACUGGGCUGUGUUAUGAUGGGGUGGAGGGUCUCAUCUACCUGGUUCUCUUCUCCUUUGUCACUGCUCUGAUGUUCUCCUCCGUUGUGUGCAGUGUGCCACACACCUGGCCUGGCAAGAGGACGGAUGAGGAAGACGGAGAGGACGAGUCGGGUGCCUCACGGGGCGGUGUGCACGAUAACCUGUACCGCGUUCACAUGCCCAGUCUCUACAGCUGUGGCUCCAGCUACGGUAGCGAAGCUAGCCUGCCCGCUACCGCCCACACUGUCAGCAAUGCCCCCGUCACUGAAUACAUGAGCCAGAACGCAAACUUUCAGAACCCUCGGUGUGAGAACACCCCCCUGAUUGGCAGGGAGUCCCCUCCACCCUCUUACACCUCCAGUAUGAGAGCGAAGUACCUUGCCACCAACCGACCGGACCAGAACCGACGCUCUGUUCCCAACGACCAACUGGACCCGGCUAGCCGACCUAACCCCGCUGCCCGACCACAAUCCUCAGUCCACUAGAGACCAGAUCCGCACCAGUCCACCCUAGUACUGCCUGAAUCCAGUUCUCACAGCCAAUAACAAGAUCCAACUCAACGCUGUCUAAAGCCCCAACAGGACCCCUGACCGGUUCACCAGAAGCAACACAGCAAGCCAGAACUCGUCAACCAAACACCUCAGCAAAGGACUGCACUUUGAAGGUCAACCUUUACUUCUCAUCCAUAAUUAUCCAAAAAGUAAAAAGCAGAAUACCCAUCACAGAAGAACUUCUACUCCUCUUCUUAGUGGACACACACCCCGAGCUGCUCGUUCCACCACUGCUGUGAUGUAUCAGCCCACAUACCCACAAUGCACAGCAGCUAAAGCGCCUUGGCUCCUCUCAAGUUUCUUCUUCUACUUUUCAAUUCUCUCUUCCUCACUCUCGGAUCCGUUCACUGCCCUCCAGUGGAGACGGCUACGCCACUCCCACCACUUAAUCCCCCAACACUUACACUCAGACCGCACACUCACACACAAACAAGUGCACACACACAUGCACACAAACACACACACUGUACAGAGCUGUAAAUAGUAAACAUGUGCUUUACUCUGAUUUCAUGAAAAGUAGACUGUUGAAUCAUUACUGGUUGUGUUGUGUGCAGCGUGUGUAUCAUGAAUAUUUUCACUGUCUCUCAUGCACGCACACACACACACACACACACACACACACACACACACACACACACACAAAAUGGUGGACACAUCUGUAUAAAUAAUAAGCCAGUAAACCAGAAAGCCAUGUUUAAAUAUAAACAGUACCAACACAUCCACAUUCUCUUUAGCUUAACAUUGUCAUCUAACUAAGACUUGAAUUGAGAGAUUAAAAAGUGUGUCCAUGUCUCUCUAUGUUUGUGUAAGUGCACAUAAGUCGAUUAAUGCAUUUUCAAUAUGAGCCAGGAAACUUGGUGUGGAAUAACUGUUGAAUUUUGGGACCUGGAGAGAGAGAGACAAGGGACAUAAGAAGGCUCAACCUGUGCCAAAAAACUGAACAAUUAGGGAUGCCUGAUUCUGUCCUCUUCUCCUACUGCCUCCAGAUAUCUCAAACAAGGGAAAAACCUCACGUGGAAUGUUUUCCUUCCGACUGUAAAUAAUGAGGGAACGGGAAAGACUCUUGAAAAAGGAAAACAGUGGACAUAAAUGGAAUAAGACUCACUGAAAAUUGCGACUACACAUUUGCCAGGUGCUAUGUAAGCCAGUCAAGGUCCCAGAAGACGAUCAGGACUGGGGAGGGGGGGACAGAAACCUUUAUUGUCACUUUAAUGUUUUGUUUUCAUUCAGGGAUGUGACCUGGAAUAUAAAAACCAGUAAGAAGUAAACUGCUUUUACUGAAUGGAAGUUGUGUCCCAAAACCUGAAAAAAAUCAUGUCCCUGAUAAACAAUGUUAUAUAUAAGUGUUUCAAAUGAAAGAAUGAGGGUGUUUUUUAUGUUUUAUCAUAAGCUGAAAUUUGGGAUGUGAUUACUGUGACCAACUGUAGUAUUUUAUGUUUCUUCUUUCUGUGCUUUUAUUUUGCUAACUUGUGUCCUUGGUUGACCUUUAGCCACCAGUGUAGUGUUUAUCUUUCUUUUUUGUUUUCUUUUUUACCCACAAGCACAAAUUCUCUUCAAGGUGACUUUGCGAGAUGGAGAAGUAAAACGCACUGCCUGGGACACUGCCAGUGGUUUUUCCUCCUGAUCUAAAACUCUUUGUACAGUGUAUAAAAACUGUAUUCGUGAACCCGUGUGUGUGACAUCAAUGCAGCGUGAUUGGCUAUUGCUCUAUCUCAGUGUUACUGUGUGUAAGUACAGUGAUCAGUGUGUCUGACUGGUAGCAAGCAAGGGCCGGCCUAUCUAGCCUGUCAUUUCUACACAAGACGCCGCGCAUGCCCUCUUACACACACAUUGAAAUACACACAUACAUGCUGUACAGACAUCCACAUUCAACACACACACACACCACUGUUUCUUAUAAAAAUCCAUCUUUCCAUACCUUUGUCCAUUUUACAUUCACUCCUAGAGCUGUAAUAACUACUAGCCCUCCCACAGCUAUGACAUCACACUGAUAACCAUUUGCAUUAUGGGUGAAGUAGUAAAUGCAUUUCAGAGAAACCUGGAAUCUAGCAAUUAGCUGGGUGAGCAGAGCCCUAACAUUCAAAUACCUUUCAACCACCAUUCCUGUAUAGCAUUUUAAUAUGUUAUUAUUAAUCAAUGACCACUUCUCGUAUUAGCGAGACAAUCUUACAUGUGUGAUUUUACUAGAAAGAAAAUGUCCAUGUUAUGGUAACAAUGCUACCUAUGGUCUAGUACUUUACAGUGUUUUCUGCACCAUCGAUGCAAACGAUGUUAAGAUCUGUGGGACUAGUCACUGAUUAAUGGCCUUUCAUAAUGUUUUUAAACUCUUACAACACUCUUCAUAUCACAACAUGUUUUUUUUAUUUUUCUCUGUCUUGUAAAAAUCAAACUUUAAAGAUAAAAUAAUAGCUAGCUGUUUUGUAGGAGAAUAAAGGCAAGAGCAGCGUUUUUCCUCUCUUAUUAAUGGUGAAUGACUCUCUGUCUUGCAAUGUUUUAAUAAAACUAUUCCAGUGUAGUCUGCACACCUGAUUUAAAGUUGUAUUUGAAUUCCUGUGCAAUGCUCUCUGGGAUUUAACUAAUCUGAUUAAGGUAUGUCCUGAUGGAAAAGAAGAUCCAUGCUCAUGUUUAAGAGUGAGUAAUGUUUGUGUGUAUGUGUGGUAUUUGCAGGACUUCAAAUACACCUCUGUCCAGUUGUGAAAGACAAUGUUUUCUAUGGCUGUUUUUAUUUUCUGAUGGUUUAACUAAGAUAUUAAUGAUGUACAUGUCAAAACUGUGGUAAUGAUAUCAUUCAGCCUGGAAUAAAUGUUUUAAAAAAACAAAAUUAAAGCAACUUUAACGUACA